UCCCUCUUUCAUUAAAUUUUUGUUCUUGUUUUUUUUCCAAACCACCCGAUUGCAGCAUUUCAACCUUCAUCACAAUUCAUUUGCAAUGCCUACCACCACCACAACGUCCAGCAACAACUUUGAGUGGGCUGAUUUUGCUUCUUCGGUCCUGCUCAUGAUAUGGUAUGGAGUUUCCUACAAUGAAGCGCAACAGCAAGAAUCAUUUCGACAAUUCAGUCGCAACCUACUUUCCACCAUGCAAGUUAGUUCAUCGGUGGUGAUUUUAUCACUCAAGUAUGUGUCUUUGUUACGACAAGGUCACGCUCAAACUGGAGCUGCGGGCUCUGAAUAUCGAUUACUGGUCGCAUCCCUCAUGCUUGCUUCCAAGUUCUUGGAUGACAGUACCUAUGCGUCUCGUACAUGGGCCCAAGUGUCUCGCAUCCCAUUAGACGAUUUGAACAAGAGUGAGACCGAAUUCUUAAUAGCCAUCGGAUAUUCCCUGCAUGUGCCGGAGUUACAAUAUCUAGAAUGGCUCAAGUACUUGGAAGAACUUAUUCGCCAGCCACAAUUAGUGAUGCACGCCAAACGUUCUCGCACAACAAUGGAAGGUCACAUGAAAAGGAGACGGGUCAGCAGCAAUAAUGUUACAAGUUUCCAGCCCUAUCAUCACACACCGUCGUAUUCCUCAAUUGAGAUGGUGGCCCCAACCGCCGUGUACACUCUACCGCAGUUCGACCCGAUGAUGUUGAUGCCUUUCAUCUCAAACUUUGGUCUGGCAACCAAAAUGCGUCAUAUUCCACAUGCUGGGCAUGUGCGUGUCUAGACUUUUUUUUACACUCCAACCUUCUUUUUGCUUCAUGCCCUACCUUAGUUUCCCCCCCCCAUGUUGUACAACAAACACAAUGUGUAUCUUGACGAGAUAUCUCCCCUCUCUCCUCACAUUUGUCCAUUUGUAAAUAUUGUUAUUGAUUUCUUUUUUUUUUCUUUCUGCCCAGUCCCCAGCAAUGUACACACACACCCCUUUUAACCCACCACUAAUACAUAGUUCGUUCAAAUAUAUUCACAUUCAUAGAA